AUGGCCGGGCUCCGGCAGCGCCGCUCCCGGGUGUCUUCCCAGCGCUCAGCCCGUGUGCUGCUCUCCUGCUUCCCCUUUCCCUUUUUCUCUGUCUCCCGAAGCACCGCCCGGAGAAAGAGCUCACCGAGCGGCUGCGAGCUGGGCCCUCGGCUGCCCCGGCCCCGGGGGCUCCGACCGGCGGCGCUUCGGUCCCAAGUUUCGUGUGAGAAGCGGUGCGGCGGCAGAGGGUUUCCAGAGGGUUUCCCCCGGCUCGGCUUUGUGCACCUGUGUGCGGCGCCCCCGCCCCGGGCGCCCCCCGCGCCCCUCGCAUGUGGCGCUGUCCAUCCCGGCGCGCUCCGGAGUGUCGGGGCAUUCUUGCCAGCGUUCGUGUACUCAUUGAAGGUGUCUCCACUCAUAGAAAAAAUAAGUGAUCACAAGGAUUUUAAGAAGCUUCUCAGGACACGGAAUAACAUACUAGUGCUCUAUUCGAAAUCUGCUGCUGCUGCUGAAAGCUCACUCAGAUUACUGUCCAGUGUGGCCCAGGAGGUGAAAGGACGAGGUACUAUAAGCUGGAUAGACUGUGGUGAUACUGAAAGCCGAAAAUUAUGCAAGAAGAUGAAGGUAGAUCCUAAUUCAAAGGAGAAGGGAGUGGAUUUACUCCAUUAUAAGGACGGUGCAUUUCAUACUGCAUAUAACAGAGCGGUUACAUUGAAGUCUAUGGUGGCCUUUCUCAAGGAUCCAGAAGGUGCUCCAUUGUGGGAGGAAGAUCCUGAAGCCAAAGAUAUUGUGCACGUUGACAGUGAAAAGGAAUUGAGAAGGCUUCUUAAGAAGGAAGACAAGCCCCUACUGAUGAUGUUCUAUGCCCCAUGGUGUGGUGUUUGUAAGAGAAUGAUGCCAUCUUAUCAGCAGGCAGCCACAGAACUCAAGGGUAAAUAUGUUCUUGCGGGAAUGAAUGUUUACUCUGCUGAGUUUGAAAGGAUAAAGGAAGAAUUCAAUGUCCGGGGAUAUCCAACAAUCUGCUAUUUUGAGAAAGGAAAGUUCCUGUUCAACUUUGAGAACUUUGGUGCUACCGCGGCAGAUAUCGCAGAGUGGCUGAAAAACCCACAGGCACCUCAGCCACAGGCUCCAGAGACUCCCUGGGCAGAUGAAGAAAAUGUAGUUUAUCACCUGACCGAUGAGGACUUCGACAAGUUUAUAAAAGAUCAUUCAUCUGUGCUAGUGAUGUUCCAUGCACCAUGGUGUGGGCACUGUAAGAAAAUGAAACCAGAAUAUGAGAAGGCUGCAGAGUUUCUCCAUGUAACCAGUGAUAGUCCAGGUGUCCUUGCAGCAGUCGAUGCUACCGUCAACAAGGCGCUGGCAGAAAGAUACCACAUCUCAGGGUUUCCUACUUUGAAGUAUUUUAAGGAUGGAGAGGAGAAAUACACUCUGCCACACCUCAGAACAAAGAAGAAGAUCAUUGACUGGCUGCAAAAUCCCGAAGCACCACCUCCACCUGAGCCUGCAUGGGAAGAGAAACAGACCAGUGUUAUCCACCUUGCUGGAGAAGACUUCAGGGAGUCCUUGAAGAAGAAGAAGCACACCCUUGUCAUGUUCUAUGCACCAUGGUGUCCUCACUGUAAAAAUGCCAUUCCACAUUUCACAACUGCUGCUGAAGUCUUUAAAGAAGAUCGCAAGAUCGCCUACGCUGCAGUGGACUGUGCCAAAGGACAGAAUCAUGACCUGUGUAAGCAGGAGGGGGUGGAUGGCUACCCCACCUUCAACUAUUACAACUAUGGGAAAUUUGUGGAAAAAUAUACUGGAGAUCGAGGGGAGUCUGGAUUCACCACUUUCAUGCGGACCCUGAGAGAAAGAGAUCAUGAAAGAGUAGGAAAGAAGAAGGAUGAAUUGUAGUUUCUGCCUCAAAAGAAGCUUUCCGCUGCACUGUGAAUGGUUCCAGGUCUUUUGCUG